CAUCCUUUCUCUUCCUCUCUAGUCCCACAUGCAUUAUCUGUUGAGGCUUUGCUGCUUGUUUUAUUGCACAGUGCACAUUAUAGACUGCCACAGCUGUGGUACAAGUGCAUUUGCCUCAGUGUGGGUGUGUUCUCUUCUGGUGCUCAUGAUAUAGAAUUUGAGGUUAAGGUUAAAGGUUGUUAUUUAGUCUGCAAAUGUUUUCAAGCUAUGUAUGUAUGUGUCUUUGUUCCUCUGGUUCCAACAGCAGCAGACCAAAGUCGAGGCCACAAUUGGCCAGAAAGCCAGCCUGGUGGUCAACCCUUUCCUCGAAGUGACAUAGCGUUUCUUGACUGUUGACCAUCCCCUGUGCCUGCUGGCUUCCAACCAGUGGACUGUGGUUUUUUUGAAAGAGCAUCCACCCCAACAACAGCAUGAGCUCACUGCUGUAAUUAGCCUAAAUCUGAGUUACACAUAUGUGUUUGAUCAAAAGUCCUUCAUAAAGAUAAGACUUUGUUGUGUUUUUUCCAUCGUAUCCACAAAAAAUCCUUUCAUUCCAAAGAAAAACCAAUUUCCAUUGUAUAAACCUAGCAAAUGGUGAAAAUAGAUGCUGAUAAUUUGUAGAUUACUGCCAUGUUCGGCACACUGCUCCUCCUCCUCAAAAGUGUUUUAGGGAUACAGCAAAAACGGCAGAAAUUAUUGCAGAAUCAGAAUACGAUGGGAACAGCCAGACCACAUGUGGAGGUGACUCAUACUGUGAUCGGACGUCUAACUUUAGCCUCAUCUGAAGUUCACCUAAGUCGAGCUACCCUUGGAAAAAGCUGCGGACAAACCUGGAAGUGGAGCCGAUACGACACUACUUUAUGAGACUCUUAAUAAACAAAUAUGACAUGAAGGACGGUGGUCAAAUCAAGCAGUUUAAAUACGUCACAUGACGUAUUUAAACUGCUUGAUCUCUAGAUUAACCAAUAAUGUAAAAAUAAAUGAACAGAUAAAAUGGCGUUUACAGCCCUGUAUCAGUCUAUCAUUCAGUCUAUGUGCGGCUGACUGGUGCUUCAUUGUGAGUUAUUUUUCUUUUGGUCAGAUAAAACAGGAUUCUCAGCACUGAUUAGACCAUUGUCUGCCUGCUUUAGAUGUCAGAUUCUUGCCUGUGAUUGAAAAUUGGACUAACUUCUCUUUAUUGUUUGUCUUCAUCCGUCCUUGUUUGAUCUUCCUCUUCUCUUUCAGGUGAUUUCUUCUUUCCUCUUAUGUCUUGAUAGCCUUUUUACUCAUUCUUUUUUUUUAAGUCUGUGUUGUUUUCUUGUCUUGAAGCACGACUGACAAACAGGCUGACACACGUCUCUCUUCCUCCGUCAGUCUUCUUUUCUUUUUUCAGUAGCUUUCCAUGCCUCUCUUUUCCAAAGACCCAGAUAAAAAUCUUCCGUUUCUUUUCUUCUCCACCUCUCUUUCAUUCGCUGGAGAGGAAAAUGUUUUCCUCCAGGCCCCAUGUACUCCCAGAUCGUGUGGAUAAGGGACACCUGUCGCAGUGCUGUGGCGUUUGUGUGAUCGCAAAGCAGGUCCGGGUGUUUGGGUGAAGAAUGAACUUUAAAGAGUGUAGAAGACAAAGCAGACAGCGCGGCGGCCGUCAGGUUGAAUAGAGCUGUUGGUCUUGUCUGUCUACAAAACACCUUCUUACUGAAGUCCAGGGUGUUGUGACUAGAAGAACCAAGACUCUGUUGUCUGAGGGGUCACUUCAAAUGAAUUUGGCAGGGUGUCAGCGUCCAGUUGGUCUUUCCAGAGGAAAAGCAAAGGUCUGCUACUACAGUGGCUGGUACUACUGCCAGAGCUGCCAUCAGGACAACUCCUUCCUCAUCCCAGCACGCCUGCUGCACAACUGGGACACCAGCAAGCACAAGGUGUCUAAGCAGGCCAAGGAGUUCCUGGAGUUUGUGUACGAGGAGCCCCUGCUGGACGUCCAGCAGCUCAACCCUUGUCUGUACGAGCACUGUGAGCCUCUCAGCACUGUCCUGCGUCUCCGUCAGCAGCUCCAGUCGCUGCGGGCCUACCUGUUCAGCUGCCGGGCAACUGUUGCCGAGGACCUCAGACGAAGGAUCUUCCCCAGGGAAUACCUGCUACAGCACAUUCACCUGUACUCCAUGGCUGACCUGCAGCAGGUGAUCGAUGGCAAACUGGCUCCCUUCCUGUCCAAAGUGAUCAAGUUCGCCAGCUCUCAUGUCUUCAGCUGCAGUUUGUGUCGAGAGAAAGGAUUCAUCUGUGAGCUGUGCCACAACGGACAGGUCAUCUACCCGUUCCAGGAGAGCGCAACCAGGAGGUGUGACGGCUGCGGCGCCGUGUUCCACGCCGAGUGUCGACAGAAAGCUCAGCCGUGUCCUCGCUGCGUUCGCAGAGAACUCCACAAGAGGCCGUCCUCCUUCUGGUCGCCUGAUGACGACAGCCCUGACUGCUUCCACCUGCCCUACCAGGACACCUGAGACAUACACAUACACACACACACACACACACACA